UUAAACGUCAGUAUUGUGUAGUUAUUAUAAUAGAGAACACAUCUGUGAGCCAACAUAAUUAUGUUUUGCAUAACUUUGUUGAUUACGUGGUGCAUCGUCGUAGGAGCUCAAUACGAAGGUGACCCAUGUGUAGAAAAUGGAGUAUCUGGAAUUUGUAUAAAUAUUCGAAAGUGUGUCAAAGCCACGGAAGAUUUCGUACUUCGUAGGAAACACCCGCAGAUAUGUGGAUUUGACAAGUUUGAUUCCAUUGUCUGUUGCAUCGACAAUGUGAGCACAUCGACUCAGCCGCUGACCCCUAUAACCACUACUACGAUACGCCCUAUGCAGGUUGUAACUACAGAGAAAUCGCCAGAAAUACUAGACUCCGACAACUCGACCGAAGAUUCACUAGAGAGUGACUGUCCACCUAUCGAUGCAAACUUGACUUCGCCAAAAACAGGCCAAAAGGCAUGGGACAAGUGUUUGGAGUACCAGGAGCAACUAGUGUAUCCUUGCGAAAGAACCAAUGCACUGAUGAAUGAGGUAAUGGAAAGAAAAACCAAAUGUAAUAUGAAUGCAGACGAACUUAUUGUAGGAGGACAGAAUGCUUCAAAGAACGAAUUUCCUCAUAUGGCGCUGCUCGGUUUCGGUAAUGAAGCGUUUGUGAUAUGGAGUUGUGGUGGAACUCUCAUCAGUGAAAACUUCAUUCUCACAGCUGGGCAUUGCAUAGGACACAGAGACGCGGGUAGAGUUACGUAUGCGUAUUUAGGAGCUUUAGCGAGGAACGAAGUCACAGAUUCUUCAAAUCGGUACGAGAUUAAAACGAUCCACAAGCAUCCAGAGUAUAAAUCACCAAGUACGUACCACGACAUCGCGCUUUUGGAAUUAGACAGAAGAGUGCUGUUAGAUGCGCUGACAAAGCCAGCGUGCCUGCAUACCGGAGAUCCAAUCGGAGAUGAGCAAGUGUGGGCGACGGGCUGGGGAUUUACCCAGGACGGUGGCUGGAGUGCCGAGACAUUGCAGAAAGUACAAUUGAACAAGUUUUCAACAUUUGACUGCUUGAUACAUUAUGCUCCGUUUAGAGAGGGUACGCGAGGAUUUGACAAGGAUACGCAGAUAUGCUAUGGCCACAAAAGUCAGGCGAAAGACACUUGCAGGGGAGACAGCGGCGGUCCCUUGCAGAUCAAACACAAGAAGAUCAACUGCAUGUGGUUGGUCCUGGGUGUGACAUCGUUCGGUAAAAAAUGCGGGUCUAUCGGCGAGCCUGGAAUAUACACUAAAGUGUCACAUUAUGUCCCCUGGAUUGAAAGUAUUGUGUGGCCUUAGAAGACUGACUGCCCUUGCAAUAUUCGUCGAUAGAAUUUUAUACACGUAUGAUUUAUAUGAAGCUGGAUAAAUGAAAUAUUACAUUUUUAACGGUUAAAGGAAACGUGAGAAUAUUUUUUUUUAAGUACGAAUGAUAACAAAAAAUAUUUAAAAAGUAAUCAGAAUACAAUGCUUUAUAAUUUCUCGCAAAACUAUUUAAAAACUAGAUGACCCGGUGAACUUCGUAUCACCUACAUACAUUUAUUAUUAUUAUUCAUCGUGGAACGCAAUUUUGCCAUAACAAUACGUACGUUAUCAUUAUCUGUCUCUCGCUAGUCGAGAGUACGGUUUGCACGUGAAGUAGCUCGUCGCACAUUUGAUUAACUUCGACGAUCUAAAUCAUCCUCUCCGUGGCAUUUUGCGACAAUAACAUUAAAUAAAUGGCAAAUUGAUGAUAGAUUUUAAUUAUAGUCUUGAAAUUUAUUUAUUUAUUUUCUAUUUUUGAGAACCAACUGACACUUUUACACUUUAUUUAUUUCUAAAAUGUUUUGUAUUUGAAAAAAAUAAACCAAAGAAAUCGGACCUCAUAUUACAACUAUGAAACAGACAAAUUUCUGAACGCACCUAUAUAUGUGACAGCCAGGCUAAUUCUUUAUUUCUAAAAAGACAUCAAAUGUUUCAUGGCUAGAAACAUUUUGUAUUGAAAACUUAUAUUGUCGUUUUUAGUAUUUUCCGUUAUUUAUUAUUUAUGUUCGUCACCGUUUAAUCCAUCCCUGGACUUCCACAAAUGAUUCAAAACCAAAAUUAGCCAAAUCAGUUCAGCCGUUCUCGAGUUUUAGCGAGACUAACGAACAGCAAUUGAUUUUUAUAUAUAUAGAUGUUCACCAUCAACGUUUUAAUUAAUUGUAAAAAGAAAUGUAUGGUUAAAAGCUAAGACAACAUUAUUGAAUUGAAAAUAGGGGGUGUUUAAAUUCUCUUAUUAUAUUAGGAGUUACUAUUAUCCUUUCUCUAUGUUUUUGAUUCCUACUUUAAAGCUUUGUUUCACACUAGGGAAAUCUCUUUCCUUGUUCAGCACUCAUAUAAUCUAAGAUUUGCUAUAGAAACGUUAACUGAGAUUGCAACGAAGAUUUUAUAUGUAAUAAAAUUAUUAAUAACCAUCUUCGCAUAAUUUUAAAUCAGUUAACAAUAUCUUAUGAGCAUACUUGUCAAAAACAUUAUAAAUUUAAAUAUCCUAAGCAUGAAUCAUAUUAUGUUAGUAACAGUCAGGUAUUAUUGUAGUAAUAAUCUGAUUUAGUUACAUUAUUCUUUUUUUUUUAAUGUGUCUACCAAAUAACAAAUUAUCCAAAUCCGUGCCGCGAUCUCUACGUGCCCUUAUUACAAUCACAGAUCCAUCUUUAAAAAAAUUUGCUUUAAUAAAUAUAUUAGUAAGAUAAGGUAAAAAUGAAACAGACAUGCACAAUAAAAUAACUGUAUAUAUUCUGUAUUUUAAUAAAAUAUAAAUAUUGUAAGAAA